AUGUCCACCGCUGAGCUGAGCGCCCCCCCGCCGCAGGACUGCCCCGGCACCUCGUCCGAGGCCGCCGGCAAGAUGGACGCCUGCGCUGGGUGUCCCAACCAGCGCAUCUGCGCAAGCUCGCCGCCUCAGCCGGCCGUCGAUCCGGAUGCCGCAGCCAUCGCCGAGCGCAUGCUCCCGGUCCGUCAUCGGGUGCUCGUGCUCAGUGGCAAGGGCGGUGUCGGGAAGAGUACCGUCUCUUCGCAGCUGGCUUGGAUGCUAUCGCGAGGCGGCUUCGAUGCCGAUCCCAAUGCCGGUGACGACGCAGCUGGCGGUGAUGAUGACAUGGACCUCGAUCCAGAUCCCGAGGCUGACGCCUGGGAUGUUGGCCUGGUGGAUAUUGACAUUACCGGGCCGUCUGCUCCCCGGCUGCUGGGCGCCGGGGCUGAGCGCCUGCAGCGCACUGCCUCUGGCCUUUCGCCGGUCUUCGUCUCAGAUACCCUCUUUGCCGUGUCGGUGGGCUUCAUGCUGGAGCGCAGCGAUGAUGCGGUUAUCUGGCGCGGCCCCAAGAAGAACGGGCUGAUCAAGCAGUUCCUCCGCGAUGUGGACUACCAGCCAACGGAUGUUCUCUUGGUGGACACCCCGCCUGGCACCUCGGACGAGCACAUUUCCAUUGUCCAGCUUUUGAAGCAGGCCAACGAGAUCACGGCCCAGCAUCCCGAGGCCGCGGCCACGCAUGCUGGCUCCAAAUUCGGCGCUGUCAUUGUCACUACCCCGCAGGAGGUGGCCUUGGCCGAUGUCCGCCGUGAGCUGAACUUCUGCCGGCGAGUUGGCCUACCGGUCCUCGGCAUCAUCGAGAACAUGGCUGGCUUCGUGUGCCCCGGCUGUAGCAUCAACACCGACAUCUUCCCAGCCACCACCGGUGGCGCGCGUAGCCUCGCCCAGGACUUUGACGUCCCCUUCCUUGGGUCCAUUCCGAUUGAUCCGCGUGUCGCCAAGGCCUGUGAUGAGGGACGGCCGAUUGCCGACGCGUGCCCCACCUCCCCGGCCACAAUUGCCAUGCGCAGGAUUGCCAACAAGUUGAAGGAGGUCUUGGAGUCUUGA